GUUCCCACGCGCAUGCUAGCAUGCUAGUCGCAUUUCUUUCACUAAUGAGCCGCUUCUUUCAUUUCAAUUAUUUUCCCAACCUGUCGGAUGCAGCAGCAGAAGGAGCGCAUUAAAGCUCCGCAUCGGUUUUUAUCUUAAACUUGGGACUUCCCGUCCUUUUUUUCCCCCUCCCGUCUGCAUCGUUCGUUGAUCAGGGCAUCAUGAAGGUGAACAAACACGUGCAGGUCAAAGGGAAAUCUCAGAAGUGGAAAGACGUGAGGAGCAAAAGAUGCAGACCCUCCAUCAAGACCUCUGAUCUGGACUCCAGCACCGUCUUGGUCAGGGUGAUAAAGGAGCAGCAGGUCUCUGCCAAGAAAAAGCCGUCUGUGAAGAGGCUGAAAAACAAAGCAAAAACUGUCUCUGACCACAAGAUCAAACCCUCAGAGUCUGGAGUUAGUAAACCAAACCCUCAGACUAAUGGAAGCUUGAUGUUCCCUUUGGAUACUGAGGGUGAGGACCUGCAGGACUUGAAGGAGUAUUCCCAGAUGAUUCACAGAAACGGACCGCAGACCUCAGCAGACUCGUGGGAUAUCAAGUUUGGUAGACUGGAAGGAGAGGCUCUCCAUAAUAGUGCACAGAGAGGUGAUCGACACAACCACGCCGUGCUGGUCAUGCAAAAAGAUGAAACCCUUUGUUUCAGAGGAAAGUGCUUCUUGACUUGUCUUUAUGGCCGCGUGGAAGUGAUGGGGUUCACCAUCGAAGAGGGUCAGAAGUCGUACCCCCUCUACUCCCCGGCGUCCCACUGUCCCCUCACCGUCAGAGCUCUGGAAACCUCGCACUUCCACCGAAAUGACCGAGCAGAGGCGUCCCAGAUUCUCCAGAAGUACCUCCCACCAGCAUCACGGAAGAGGCUACUAAAGAAGAUAACGCUGGCGUCCUCGGUCAUCCUGGUUGAACCCAUGGAGACGCCGCUGACCCGCUUCCUGUCCAGCUUCACUCAUCUGAGUGAGCUGUUCAGCCCCCCAGCGAGUGAACUCUUGUCUGCUGUUCUGGACACUCCGCUCAACGGGUUGGGGGUGAUUCCUCUGACCAGCGCCAUCGAGGGCCUGAAAAUGUCCCGGAGCUACAGAGACGCUUUGAACAUCGCGGUCAGCGCGUGCAGAGGAGACAUGGACGGAUGUGCGGUUAUCCUCGUGUGUGGAACCAAGAACGUGGGAAAGUCCACGUUUAUCCGCAUCCUCAUCAACACUUUACUCAACCAUACUUCCAGCGUGGAUUACCUGGAAGGAGACCUGGGUCAGACGGAGUUCACUCCUGCUGGUUGUUUGUCGUUGCUGACCGUCAGAGAACCACUUCUGGGUCCUCCGUUCACACACCAGAACACUCCAGAACACAUGAUCUACUACGGCGAUCUGUCAUGUGAACCCGACUUGUCCCGUUACCUGGAAUCCUUGAAGUCGUUGUGGCGCCGACGCCCCAAAAGCAGAGAGACGCCGUUCAUCAUCAACACCAUGGGCUGGGUCAAAGGGUUUGGACUCCAGCUCCUGGUGGACCUGAUCCGCUUCCUGCCGGUCUCACACGUCAUCCAGCUCAGCCACGGCGGCACCAACCAGUGCCCCCCCCUCACGCCGGAGUUCCUGAGGACGGCGCACGGCUGUCAGACGCACCCGCCCGCUCAGACCGCCAUGGACGAGUUCACGGAGAGUCUCAGCCCGCCCAAGAACUACUCCCACCUCGCCGUGCAGGCGGACUUUAAAGGCGUUGCCCGCCAGGGGACGGCGAAGCACCAGCGCUCCAACGAGCAGCGGGAGCUGUCGCUGAUGGCCUACCUGAGCCAGCUGCAGUCGUCUGAGCCCGGCCCGGUGCGCCCGCUGCACAGCCUGACCCCCUACCAGGUCCCUCACACCGUGGUGGCGCUGGGCGUGAUCCACAGCGAGGUGGCGCCCUCCCACGUGUUCCACGCCUUCAACGCCAGCCUGGUGGCGCUGUGCUGCCUGACGGAGAAGGUCACCAGUAAAGGAGGUCCGGUUCUGCUGCCGCAGGCCCCCGUCUGCCCCUGUGUGGGCUUCGGUGUUCUGCGGGGCGUCGACAUGGGGCGGGGUCUGUACUUUGUGCUGUCUCCCGUCGACCCCUCCGUCCUCCGGAAAGUCAACUGCCUCCUCUUGGGGGCCGUCUCCUUGCCUUCGUGCAUCCUCACCACACAGGCCGACUCGGACGGCGAGACGCCCUACGUCACCACCGACUACAGCUUCGACCUCACCGGCGCCGGGAAGCUGCGAGUGUUCAAGGGUCUGAUGAGGCCGAGUCACGCCGGGAUGCAGUGACGGCUCCCCCCCGGACGCCGUAUCGCACGUUUGUUUUAAACCGCAGCGUUUCUCCAAAACCAGGACAAACAUGGGGUGGAGUUUGGAGGAAGCGCCGCUUCUGGGUCUCACGUGGAGAUCUGACAUGGACAGUAUUGGAACGUGACGGACUGGAGCUCAAAAUCCUCAGUGUUUGUUGGUUACAUUCCCAAACUGCCAACCUGCCACAUAAUAAAAGCUUUUGUUAAAAUUCC